CUGAUAGGAAUCUUAAGUCAACAUUGUACUGGAUUUAGAGGAGUUAAGGAACAUGGCAAAAAAUAUGUUGUUUACGGACGUAUAUGUAUAUGUGUAUGUAUACGUAUGUGUAUAUAUGUAUAUAUUUAUAUGCAUAAAGUGUUGUCUACGGUUAUCCUGGAAGUUCUAGACAAUGCAAUAAGACAUGACACAAAAAUAAGAAAAUUUUUCAGGACGGGAAAGACAAAAUUAUCAUUUCAGUGGACAAUAGGAUUGCCUAGUUGAGAGGAAAAAAAAAGCAAGGGGAAAACCAUUUAUAAGAAUUCAGUAAAAGGACUAGUUACAAAAUCAGCAUAUAAAAUUCAGUUAGUUUUUCUGUUUUAUCACUAACCGGUUUUAAAACGUAAUCGUUAAAAGGUCCUGUUCACAAUAACCAAAAGCUACAAUUCCUGGGAAUAACCUGAGAUACAAAAGGAAGCUUGAGUAAAUGGGGGUAGCAUUUCUGGGAUAACAUCAGUUGGGACUUUUUAAGAGGAAUGCUUUUGUGUAUAGAAUACUGUACGUAGAGUACCGCUCAACUUAUUAAAGUUGCAUAUUUAAAAGCUCAGCUUUUUUAAAGCCUAUGAGUUUUACUCACAAAUCUUUUUUUAUUUACGAAUCUAAGAAUUUUCAUAUAAAAAAAUUACUGGAUCUUUGACACAGGUUCAAUUAAGAUAACCCAUUUAGCAGAUUAAAUUCUCCUGAACAAUUACUAACUUUUUUUACAAACAGCUAAGUAAAUUCCAUUGAACGUUUUAAACUGCAUUUAAAAUAUUACACGCUUGAGUCUCUCAAAUACUUGAUCAGUGCCUGAUCGAUUCUGGGAAGAAACCAAGUUAGAGCCUCACUUCACAUCUUAUAGCAGAGUAAAUUCUACUUGUGUUAAAGAGUUAAAUGUGAGAAAUAUAUCUGUAAAAGACUAAAUAGGUAAAUUUUCAUGCCAGUUGUGGUUGGAGAAGGACAUUCUAGACGUAGAAGAGAUGGGAGACGUCAUGCGAAAAAGGGCCCAGUUAGGACUGCAUAAAAAGUUAGCCUUUGUUUCAGCCUAUCUUACUCUACGCAAAGUUAAACAGGAAAUAACAAACCAGGGAAGUACUUGUAAGAGAUGUGACAAGCAAAGGGAAACAUCUUGAUACUAUAUUAAGAACCCUUACAAAUCAAUGAAACUAUGGUUUAUUCACCUGUUCCCUUAUUGCUAUACAUUCAGGUUGCUUCCAUCAUGUUUCUUCUACAAACAAGGCUGUAAUGAAUAUUUUUAUUGAUAUGGCGGAAAGUUUGCAGUAGAUUGUGAGUUUAAAAAAGGACACAGAGUUAUACACCUAGUGUGCACGUGUGCAUGCAUACACAUAAGCUAAAUAUAUGGCGUGUAUUUGCAUAUAUACUGUAAACCCUUGGGAUUCUGGGAUUCAGAAUCUGACCAUUCCCAGGCAACUCUGAGGGUCUUUGGCAUGCAAUAACUUGUUACUGUGCUAAUGCCCCUGUUUGGGUGGUAGGGGCAGGUGUGCAGGAGCCUGGGACUCUGUUAGGCAAUGAGCCUGGCCACACCCGCCUGAGAUAUUGUUCAUUUCUUAUCUUGGCGGUAGGUAGCAACUUUUGGGAGGGGAUGAAAGCUUUUUCGUUGUGAAAAUUGGCCCCAAAUGAAAGUAAGCUGCGCUGGUGAUGAAAGAAAUCUUAAGAAGGUGGUUAUUCUCUGCUAGAAAAAAGUGUUGGAUAAAUUCAGUCGGAAACAAUAUUCUGUAGUUGUAUUUGUAAUUUUGAGGAUUCUUAAGGAUCUGUCAGCAGGGAUUCUCUAACGUUAAGGAUCUACUAUAUAUGCGUAGAGAGAAGACUGGAAGGAAAUAAUGCUAAAUAGUGGUUAUCUGAAUGAUAGGAUCUGGGGGUGACUUAUAUGUAUGUAUGAAAAUGUUAAUAUUUAAAAUGAGUAUUAUCUAAGCAGAAAAAUAUCAGUUAAUAGUAAUUAAGUUCAACAGUGGUUUCUUCUUGAUAAUGAAAUUCUUUUAAACUUAAAUCUACAUAGUUGAGUGGGAAGAUCAUUGUUUUAUCAUCUUGGUUUGACCUGGCCCUUCUUUUCAAUGUUAACAGAAGCCAUGCAGUGACAACCGCUAAGACUUGUUGGUAGCCAUGUCGGAGCCCCACAGAGUCCAGUUCACCUCUCUCCCAGGUCCUCUGAAUCCUGCAUUUUUGAAGAAAUCCCGGAAGGAGGAGGUUGGGGGAGCAGAACAGCAUCAGGACUCUGAGCCGGCGGCUGCAGCUGUUCGGAUCACACUCACCCUCUUUGAACCAGAUCACAAGCGCUGCCCAGAGUUUUUCUACCCAGAGCUGGUGAAGAAUAUACGAGGGAAAGUGAAAGGCCUUCAAGCCGGAGACAAGAAGAAAGAUCUCUCAGAUCCUUUCAAUGACGAAGAAAAGGAAAGGCAUAAAGUGGAGGCCCUUGCCCGGAAAUUUGAAGAAAAAUAUGGUGGAAAGAAACGAAGAAAAGACCGAAUACAGGACUUGAUUGAUAUGGGGUAUGGUUAUGACGAGUCCGAUUCCUUCAUCGAUAACUCUGAGGCGUAUGAUGAGCUUGUUCCUGCUUCCUUGACUACCAAGUAUGGAGGAUUUUACAUUAACUCGGGGACCCUGCAGUUUAGACAAGCAUCGGAAUCUGAGGAUGAUUUCAUUAAAGAAAAGAAGAAAAAGUCCCCAAAGAAGCGGAAGGUGAAGGAAGGCGGCGAGAAGAUGAGGAAGAAGAAAAAAGACGACACUCAGGACAAGGAGAAGAGAUCGAGAAAGUCCAAGUUUCCCAAAGCCGGCUUUACAGCUCUCAAUGCCAGUAAGGAGAAGAAGAAGAAGAAAUAUUCUGGGGCUUUAAGCGUGAAGGAGAUGUUAAAGAAGUUUCACAAGGAGAAAGAGGCGCAGAAAAGGAGAGAUGAGGAGCAUAAGCCGGUAGCAGUCUCAUCCGCAGAAGCUCAGAGCCUGCGGGCCCUGGAGAGCGCCUCCGACCCCUUGCUGUCGCUCUUUGGCUCCACCUCUGACAACGACCUGCUGCAGGCGGCCACUGCCAUGGGCUCGCUGACCGAUCUGGACUUGGAGCGGCUGCUCAGUGAGUCUCCGGAAGGAAGCCCCUUCCAUGAUAUGGAUGAUGAAAGCGCUUCCCUUGGGCUGGGGUCGGACCCGGAAUUCAGGCAGCCCUCCUCCCUCCCCGAAGGCCUGCCCACGCCCCUGGAGAAGCGCAUUAAGGAGCUGGCUCAGGCUGCCAGAGCUGCUGACGGAGAGAGCAAGCAGAAGUUCUUCACCCAUGAUAUCAAUGACAUCCUGUUAGACAUAGAGGUGCAGACGCGGGAGCUGAGCAGCCAGAUCCGCUCGGGAGUUUACGCCUAUCUCGCGUCAGUGCUGCCCUGCAGCAAGGACACUCUGCUCAAACGCGCUCGGAAACUUCAUCUCUGCGAGCAGGGUGGGCGUCUGAAGGAGCCUCUCCAGAAGCUGAAGGAAGCCAUCGGCAGGGCGAUGCCAGAGCAGAUGUCCAAGUACCAGGACGAAUGCCAGGCGCACACACAAGCAAAGGUGGCUAAGUUGCUGGAAGAGGAGAAGGACAAGGAGCAGAGAGAAAGGGUUUGUUCAGAUGAGGAAGAAGAUGAAGAGAAGGGGGGCCGACGGAUAAUGGGACCCCGGAAGAAAUUCCAAUGGAAUGAUGAAAUCAGGGAGCUGCUCUGCCAAGUGGUGAAGAUGAAGCUGGAGAGCUAUGAUCCAGAGAGGAACAACAAGGCCCAGUCUUGGGAGGACUACGUGAAGGCAUUCCUGGAUGCUGAGGUCAAACCUCUGUGGCCCAAAGGCUGGAUGCAGGCCAGGACCCUGUUCAAGGAGAGCCGGCGCGGCCACGGGCACCUGACGUCAAUCCUGGCCAAGAAGAAAGUCAUGGCCCCUGCUAAAGUCAAGGUGAAGGAAUCUUCUGCUAAGCUUGAUAGAAAGGUCUCCGUCCCAUCAGGCCAGAUUGGCGGCCCUGUCACUUUGCCUUCUGAACAUCAGGGAGGAGGCCUGAGCGUUGGGGCCACGGACAGGGAGCUCUCCUCGCAGGCAUCCGGCAGCCUGGGGAACCCCACGCCCAUCAACCUGGAGGACUCACUGGAUGAAGACUUACUCCGUAAUUCCGCCUCCUCACUGGAAGCUGUGUCCAAGGAGCUGGCUGCACUGAACAGCAGAGCCGGUGGGAGCUCCGAGUUCGCACUGUCUGCACCCUCGAAAGCGCCUGCAGAAAAGGUUGUGGGUGUCUUAUGUGCGGACGACAAAAGGAACUUUGCGAAACCCAGCCCUUCCGCUCCACCACCCUCUAGCUCGCUGCAGUCGCCCCUCAAUUUUCUGGCUGAACAGGCUCUGGCACUGGGGCAGUCCUCUCAGGAGAAAAAACCAGAGAGUUCUGGCUACAAAGAGCUGUCGUGCCAGGCUCCCCUCAGCAAGAGCCUGCAGGAAGCACACCAGCCCAAAGCAAAGCAGCACAGCUUGCCACGGACAUCCCACGGCCCCCAGGCGGCAGCGCCAGUGCCCAGCCCCCAGGUGAAAGUCUUUCACGCAGGCACGCAACAGCAGAAAAACUUCACCCCGCCAGCUCCCUUUGUCAACAAGCUCCAAGGCCCGAAGGCGUCCUCCCCACAGUGUCAUCGCUCCCUCCUCCAGCUGGUGAAGACGGCCACCAAGGGGCAGAGCUUCCAUUCCUCCACGGCGACUGCCUCCGGAGGGGCUCCGGCCUCCAACAGCAGCCCUCACAAGAACCCAGCCUCAUCCUCCGCUUCCCUGAGCCACGCAGCGAAACAGCAUUCAGCCAGCUCGUCGGGGCCCCUGAGCCACGCAGCAAAACAGCACUCGGCCAGCUCGUCAGGGCCCUCGUACAAGAGCAACCCCUUCGCUGGCUCCAUUUCCAAACACGCGCCGCCUUCCAGCAGCUGUGCCGCUGGAGGAGCGCCAGGCCAGGGCUCUUCUUCCGGGAACUUGCUCCCAGGUGUACAGCCUCCCUCCACGGGACAGUCCGCCAGCCGACCGGUCCCCAGCUCAGCCGCAAAGAAACCUCCUGUCUCCCAGAAGCUGACCCUGGUGGCCCCGCCGGGUGGUCCAAACGGAGACUCGAGUGGUGGGACCCAGGGCGUGGCAAAAUUACUGACCUCCUCCCUGAAGCCCACCGUGGUCAGUAGUGUGACAUCGUCUACCUCCUUGCCAAAAGGAACCAGUGGGGCCGUGCUGCUGACCAGCACCUCGCCCUUAAGCCUGCUGUCUCCAUCCUACAAGUCCAGCAGCCCCAAGCUGCCCGGGGCCAUGACCUCGAACUCCCUGGGCAUCAUCGGGCCUGUCCCCUUUCCUGUCCAUGUGCUCUCCUUCCCUGCUGACUCUGCUGCCAAGGCAGGGGUCUCCAAGGACGCCAUUGUCACAGGUCCUGCCCCUAGCACCUUCCACCACGGCCUCAGCCACAGUCUUCUGGCUGGCUUGCACUCCAGCCCGCACCCCGCAGCGCCCCUCCCACACGCUGCCUUGUCCACCCAUAUCCCGCAGAGCCUGCCAGAUGCUUCUCAGCUUCAUGGGAAAGCGCCCAGUGUACCACGGAAAUUGUGACCUCUUCAGCAGAAGGGCUUGACCAACUUGGGUCUGGGUGGAAGCUGAACGUGUAGGUCUCAGAAAUUGGACGUUCACUGUGCUUUCUGCAAACUGGUUUUCUUCUGCAGGAGGUGUGUGCUUUGAAGGGAGCAUUUCUUGGCACGUGUGACGUGCGUCCGAUUAGGGGAGCAGCCCCCUGCUCUUCAAGAAGCACUUACUUACCUGGUGCUCCGGGCUUCAUGGCUGUGUCACUGGGCAGUGGUCGAGGGGCGUGCUGGGCCCUGCGGGAGCCCGUGGUGACUGGCUCCAGUGGUGCGGCAGAUGAGUUUGCACACCUGCGUUUCCAAUCUGCCCGACCCUUGGCCUUUGGUCAGAGUACCUCAUGGCGCCCUACUGGCCGGGGCUCCUUCUGGCCACAGCAGGAUCCCCACCAUGGCCAUGGUGUCCGUCUGUCCUCAGGCCGUGUGCCCCACAGGACAGAAACCUGGGCUGAAGCCACAGCUGGGAGAUGACCUUGUCCCUUUGAGGGACACUGAGAACACCUGGUGUAUGCUCAUUGUGGGGGCCGGUCUCUCCUCUGAGCAUGACAGAGAAGCUCUUGUAGAGAAGAGACCUUUGUAGGUUCACCCAUUGUGAUAGGAUUUUUAAAGACACUUAUUUUUGGCUCAGUUUUCAUCGUCCCCAUGAAAUGCAUUGGACGGAGUGGGACUGUGGCUCGCAUGUCAUGUUGUAGGAAGACAUAAUCCCAGUGCCUUUAUGGUGGAGCAGAAUCAGACCGCACGCAUCCAUUUCAGCCCUGAGCGCGUCUCAGAUGAAGUUCUUUGUAAAGACAUGUCUGUAGUCAAGACAUAGCCAGUUUUAUUUGAGUUUUUUAGGGUUGCACAUCAUAAUCUGUGCCGCCCUGACUGGAAGGUCAUGUGGGCCUCAAAAACCCAGUUCCCAAUUCAGCCAGGGCCCCAGCUGUUUUUCCAGAGUUUAUAUAGGUGGACUCCAGAGCCUCAAAGCCCUGUCUUGGUGGACAGAGGGGACGAGGGGUUCUAAGUCACGGUAGACAUUCCACUUAAGUUUUUUUCUUGGAAAUCACUCUUAGACAGAGCUGCAGUCACUGGCCCAGGAAGCGUCUGUCCCGCAGACACAGGCCUUGACAUCCCGGGGCUCUCUUGGGGGUGAGGCUGUGAGUUACUUGAAGGGUGACACGUGGAUGAGCUCAGAGAGUAGGUCAGAGACAGACAAGGACAGUCAUUCCAGAUCCUAGAUCACCAAGCGUUCACGCUCAGCCAGUGCUAUUUCCUGGAGUCUCAGGGCGCUGGCCCGUGCCUGUGCGGUCCGCGCCAUGGGUGUGUGGGGCCGACAGCUGCAGCUAGGUUAUGUCACGCGUGGGGACAGUGAGUGGAGUCCUCAGAGUGCACACGCGUGUGAACACACUAUAGCUGCUCGUGGUAUCUGACCCCUGGGAUGCACACUCAGCAGCUCACUGCCAUGCAGAGGUGUGCCGGCCUCCCUCGGGGAGCCAGGCCCAUGUCAGCACUCAGCCAGGCCUCUGCUCUUUUUUUUUUUUUAAAAACAGGAGAACCAAUAUGCGUUUCACAUUGGGCUAAGUGGAUUCCGUAUCCCUUUAUUUUUUGCAACUCGGAUUCCAGUUUGUUUACAGAAUAGUCUUAGGUAGUAGCAAAAGAGCCAAAGAAGAGAUUUGUGUUGCUGAGCUCAGAGCCACCAGGGAAUGCUGAGCAGUGGGGGUUCUCCAGGCUUGUGUGCCUCGACCACCCCAGGCACAGUCCAGCCCCCCGCCCCCCACGCUCCCUCCUCCCUGUACCGUCGAGUGUGCAGCUGGAGCGGAGUACCCUCGUUUUUAGGAAUCUAGCGAUGCCUCUUGCCUCAGGGAAACGUUUCUUUGAUGGGGAGUUUAUGAGAUUUCUUUUUCUUGUUUAUGCUUUAUUUGUGGUAACGGGAGAGUGAAUGACUUCAACAGCCACGGCAAGGCAGAACUGCAGGCCCUGGCCACCGCGGAAGGCGGGUGGCUCUGGGCCUGGGGCCGCGGCGGCUGCAGGGGUUUGCUCGGCAGGCAUUGCCUGAGCACUGAGGUGUGAAAGGGCUGUGGCUUUUGUGCAGCGGUUAUGUUGGUGUUAGGGGGUGGUGUGGAAAUUGUUCAUCUUGUAUAAAGUAACUCAAUAAAUUGUUUCAAGGUU